UCUAGAGGAAGCCAACAAAGUGUUAUAGCAGCGCGGCACAAUAUGUGGUGGAGAGUCCUCAGCUUGCUGUCUUGGUUCCAUUUGCAAGAGGCCUUUCUCACCAACCACACGGAAACCAUCACCGUGGAGGAAGGGCAGACGCUCACUCUGAAGUGUGUCAGUUCUCUGGGGAAGAACGCCUCCCUCCAGUGGCUGGCCCCCUCAGGCUUUACCAUCUUUUUAAAUGAGCAUCCUGCUUUAAAAAAUUCCAGAUACCAGCUUCUUCAUCACUCUGCCACCCAGCUCUCCAUCAGUGUGCCCAGCGUAACCCUGCAAGAUGAAGGAACAUACAAGUGCUUAUGUUACAGCAACUCCGUAAGCACAAAGGAAGUGAAAGUGACUGUGUUAGCAACUCCUGUGAAGCCAACCUUGGAAGCUUCAGUUAUCAGAAGGUUGAAUGGAGAAGACCAUGUCGUACUUAAAUGCUCCACUACAAGAAGCAAGCCCCCUCCACAGAUAACCUGGCUACUGGGGAAUGGCAUGGAGAUAUACGGCGGAACCCACCAUGAAUUUGAAGCUGAUGGGAAGAAGUGCAACACGACCAGCACCCUUGUACUGCACACAUACGGCAAAAACUCCACAGUGGACUGCAUUGUCCGACACAAGGGCCUGCAAGGGAGAAAACUGGUUGCAUCCUUCUGGCUUGAAGAUUUGGUUACUGAUCAAGAGACAGCCUCAGAUGCUCCGGAGAAAAGCUCUCUCUCCUCUCAAGACCCUCAGCAUCCCACAAGUACUGUCUCAAUGAUGGAAAAUUCUAGUAUACCAGAGAUUGACAAGGAAGAGAAAGAGCAAACUACUCAGUACCUUGACUUGACCAUUGAAGCAAAUCCUCAGUAUGUCGAAUUGACGAGGAAGAAAAGUGGCAUUCUGCUGCUCACCCUGGUGUCCUUCCUCAUCUUCAUCCUCUUCAUCAUAGUGCAGCUCUUCAUAAUGAAGCUGCGGAAAGCACACGUGAUAUGGAAGAGGGAAAAGGAAAUUUCAGAACACACCCUAGAAAGUUACAGAUCAAGGUCAAAUAAUGAUGAAACAUCUUCCCAAGAGAAAAAUGGACAAACUUCUCACUCUAAACGUUGCAUGAAUUAUAUCACGAGAUUGUACUCAGAAGCAAAAACAAAGAAGAAGGAAAAUGCAGAACACUCAAAAUUAGAAGGAAGGCACACUCCUAUCCCAGAGAGCAUUGUGUAGUGCUCCUUGCAAUAGGAGAUGAUUUUUCAGCCAGCCACGCCAUCAGUGGAACAGCCCGUGGGAAGGAGCAUCAUUUUUGUGACAUGAAAAGUGUCCCUUGAAUGCAGUGUGAGAUGGUGUCUUCUGAGCCAGGGCAGCAACAUGGAGACCAAACCAUGAACAGAAAGCUCAUAGUUUAAAAAAAAAUUUUAAAAGAAAGAAAGAAAGAACCUAUUAUUCCUGACACUACUUCAGAGCCCCUGAGCCUGUGGAUCAGGGUCAAUGUGACCAGCUAAUAUCUUACCUUGAGAGAACAGGAGUUUUUAGAUACCGGGCUCUAGUAGAACUACUUAAAAAAAGAAUUCUUUAAAAUAUCUUUUCUUCUGGCCACAAAAUAAAGAUGUUUGAGAUGAGAAGUACCUAAAGAAGAUCUCUGAUCCUAGGAGGUUACUUUCAAGAUGGACUUUAAGAAGAUGUAACCAACACGUGACAGGGAGGAGCCAUGCAUCACAAUGAAUAAAUCCAGGAUGGACUCAACAGCCCCAAGACACAAGCAGUGAGCUCAGGAAAGACUCAAGAAUUAGCAUUUCUUAUCUUAGACUUUACUGCUAAAUCACUUCAGCUGACCUGAUAGAUAACCUGGUAUUUCCAUGUACAAAAGGAAAUAAUGAGUUUAUUGACUGAUCUUUGACCUAAUGAAUGGUUUUUAAAAAUUUCUUUAAACCAGACACAGAGGCAUAUGCCUGUAAUCCCAGCAGCUGA